AUGACAUGGAUUGAAAUGUUUGAUGGUCUGUUUUCAAAUAUUUUUGGAGAGGACUAUCUUAACUACAAUUGGGACAGAGCAAAAGGGCAGAUGAUCAUAUCACCUAAUACUUUCCCAACUUAUGUGUAUGACCAUGCAUUGUGGGAGAAGUCUUAUCCUGUGCCCGGCAGCAAUAGUUCUGUGCCCUGCUCGGUAUCCCACGUUGUCUCUAGCUCCUCAGAGUCCCCUGUUGUAACCCCUUUGCCACCAACAUCUCAGUCUGCUUCUGUAAUCAGCAGGCCUGUUUCUGGUACCACUUCUUCGAGAUGCAACACUUCUAAAUUGCCAUGUUCAAGCCUUCCUGUCUCCAAUAUUGCAACAACCACAUACGUUGCUGAUUUAAUGGUCUGUGCCACAGCUGAUGCCACAAGAGGUCAACUUUCCACUCUUAGUCUUCCUCCUGUUGCUCAAAUUCCAGAUCAUUGUAUUUGUGUUGUGAGUGAUCCCGAACGACUAAAUAACCCUCUACAGCUGAUGUUUAGACCAUCAGAAACAGCCCUAAGAAAAGGUUAUCAGCUUAUUGAUCAGGCAAACAAUGACAGUGAAAGUGAAGAUGAAGACCAUCAGGUGGCAGUAAAAUUUGGGGAGCUUGGUGUAUUUGACUGCAGAGCUAUCGGCGUUUUAAUCAGUGCAUGCAAGGCAUCUUUGACAAAAAUGCGUGUGAAGGAAGAAGAAAAGUGGCUUCAAGGAAGUAAUGGUGUAUUAACAGCUGCCCAGAUCCAUGAGAUAGCUUCUUUACUCUUUGGAUCAAAGCCUGAGCAGGAGAUCCUGCGUGUAAAAGAUGUCUUUGUUGAUGCCAUUGACAUCUCAGCCUUGGUUGGUGAGAGGUACCUUAAUGGUUUUCUUAUUGAUGUUCUCUGUCUCAAGUACUCUGAGGAGGCAAUCCUAAGUGGCUCAACAUCACUUUAUUUGCCAUCAUUGACACAAACAUGGGUUUCCAGUGGUAGUCUGCCACAUCUCAAAUCCAAGCUUAAACCCUAUCUGUCAGGAAGAAAUCUUGCUGGCAUUCACUGGAUCCUCAGCCCUGUUCACGUAAAUGGGAACCACUGGGGUCUUCUGUGCCUGAACAUGGCUUCCAGGCAAGUUUUCUAUGAUGAUGGUUUAAAGUGGAAUUGUCCAUCAGAUGUACCAGAAAUUGUUAGGAAGCUACUGCAAGCCAUUCCCUGCAAUCCAGCAGCUUCCUGGGUUGAAACAACCCCUCCCCAGCGGUUUGGGAUGCCAAACCAACCAUUAGUAGGUGAGGGUUGUGGAAGUUGUGGGGUAGGUGUUGUCUUAGCAACAUAUGAUUUCUUGAAUGUCAAUAACAACAGCGUGCCAAUUUUCCAGUGA